AUGGUAGCACGGAUGGUGCUUCUGCGUGGAGCACCCACCUUGAACAGUGAGGAGGAAUAUUGUGAGCCCUUGGUGGUGGCUUCAUCGGGAAUGGAGGCGCAAAAGGUCGCAGGGCAGGAGUACCAGCCAAAUACAAGUGAAAUUGGGCAAGUCAUGAAGGAAGUGUUGGAGGUUCUCAAGGACUCAAUGAUUGCCUUGAAGACUGGCAAGGACACCCGCUCUCGUUUCUGGGCGGCAUAUAAAAGAGUCGCCGAGGAACAUGGCGAAGAGUUCCUUGAGUAA